AUGGGAUUGCCAGAAAUACCUUUCGAAAUACUUUUUAACAUUGCAUACUUUCUCACAGCUAAAGACAAAUUGUCUUGCAUGACUGUAUGUUCCGUUUGGAAAGAACCAUUCUGUGAAUCUCUAUGGAAGACAAUCCAUAUAAACGAUCAGAGAAGCCUCAUUCCGAUAUGCAAUUCAGUAGAUGAAGAGAAGAGCACCUUUAAAGAAAAUGGAGAUCGCGUACGAUCACUAUUUCUGUCUCGAUGGCUCAGUACAAAAGCAGAACAACUACAGGCCCUUCAAAAACACUUCCAAAAGAUUCAACUUCUACAUGCUCCACACGGCAGCAUUCGAGCAACCGAUCAUGUAAAACUAACAGACUGGAGGCUAUGGAAUUCGUUAAUACAUUUGGAAAUAUGUGUAUCAGGCCUUAGCCUACAGGAUGAAGUCCAAGGAUUACUUGAUAUUCUUUCCGGAUUACCCAAUCUUGAACGCCUUGAAUAUAUAUGGACUGCCUGGGGAACAUCCGAUUUUUACCGUCUCCAGGAUAUUGAAGCCCUUCACAAAUACUUACCGCGACUAAAGUACUUAUCAUUGAGUAUAUCUCUGGCUAACCUUGAUCCUGACGAAUUGGACAAGAUUGAAUUGGUAGAACCUGCAGAAAACCUGAGAGUAUUAAAGACACGUAUAAAUAAUAUGGAUCUUCGCUGGCUAGCAUAUUUUGCCCGUAAAUAUACGAAAAUACAUACCCUCGAAUGGACUGACCGUACCGAUCUCCCUGCCUCUGAGCUAUUUCAAGAAGAAGCUUUUGAAAUGUUCACUAAACUUCAUUCGGCAUUCAAACAGCUGAAUAAAGUUGUUGUUAACGGUGUGUCGCAAACAAACUCAACCCAUAUUGCAUUUUGGAAUCUAUUUGGUCGGUUUGGGGUACCUCUCAAAAGUCUAGAAUACAAUCUAGGAACAUGCUUUGAAAAUUCAGAAAUUUUGGAAAAAACCAUUACUGCUUGUUUACAAUCUUGUUCAAGCACACUUGAAACGCUUUUAAUCAAUGGCUCCACUGGAAUAUCUAAUCCAACCAACAUUCCAGUAUCUAUCGGUGUCUGCCCAAACUUAGUGUCUCUAGAUAUAAAUGUAUUCCCAAGUUCGAUAGCAAUUAAUAUAAUCCUGGAUAAUUGUAUUGCACUCAGGAAGUUAAAGCUGGAAGCCAAGAGAGUAUUUAUUGAUUCAAAUAUACAAUCUGAUAUCCAAAAGCACGAUCUGCAGUUAAUACAUAUCAUUAAAUCAAGAGCCAAUUCGGCUCUAUUCAAGUAUAUUUCAGAGCGUUGCAGACGGCUUCGGUAUAUGCGCCUGGUUGAUGUGGCAGUAGUUGGUCCUCUUUCUCAAGAUACCGGCACAAUAUUUAUCGACAUGUCUUAUACUUGUUUGGCCUUACUGAAACUGAAUCACGUAUCUUUUUAUGGAUCACAAGACGACAUCUGCAAUAAUGAAAGCGCUGUUAACCUCAUACGUUUUUCUACUGUUAAUUCACCUCUACUAUAUGAUAACACGACGAAAAACCGAUCGAUUAUCAUUCCUAACUCAAGUCUUCCUGAAACUAGUGCAGAAACUGUAUGGUUUCAUACCUAUUGGGAUGGUGAAGAAGUUUCGUAUGACUGGAGAAAUGAAUGCAAGAUAGGGUACAUGCGAGUGCUAAGCAGUGAAGAAAAAGAUCGGGCCCAAGAAUAUUUCAAGUCAUUUCAGUUUCAAUCCAAUCAAUCUCUCGAUCAAGUACAAGUAAACCGCUCUAAAGAAGGGCUAGUUGUUAGAAAUGAUUGGGAAUACGAUCUUCCUCGGGGUCAAGCCACGCUCUUAUUCGCUCAAGUUAACAAAUAUGUUAUAAAUGCGAAAGCUGUCCGUAAAGACAAUGUAUGGAGUAGGAUAUAUGCCAAAAAACUUUGA